ACAGCAAGAAAGUGCAAAAGUGCAACGAAAUUUAGCAAAAAUCUAAAAGUAAAUAUCGCUAUUUUCCUAUUUAUUUUUGGUCAACUGAAGAGCAGGGGAGGCCGCAGCAGCUGCGUCAAUAUACGGCAGCGGCGGUGGGCGGGACAAGUAACCAGAAAAAGUAGAAGAAUAACCAAGUGGCAGCCAGCCGCCAGAGCAGAAAGUGACCUGAAAUCGAAACACGGAAUACGAUGACGAGUCGCCAGCGAACUGUGAUCAUUUUUAAAUCGGAGUCGGAUAGUAGCGAUGUUUACGCGGAAACGCUGGAAAAGCACGACUUCAAUCCAGUUUUUGUGCCCACACUAAGCUUUGGCUUCAAGAAUCUAGAAGAGUUGCGCGCCAAGCUUCAAAAUCCGGAUAAAUAUGCUGGGAUUAUAUUCACAUCGCCGCGUUGCGUGGAAGCGGUGGCAGAAUCAUUGAAUCUUGGUGAAUUGCCCGGCGGUUGGAAGAUGUUGCAUAACUAUGCCGUCGGCGAGGUGACCCACAAUCUGGCAUUGAGCACCUUGGACCAGCUAUUCACCCAUGGCAAACAGACGGGCAAUGCCCGUGCCCUGGGUGAAUUUAUAGUGGACACAUUUGAUGGCUCACGGGCGUUGCCAUUGCUAUUGCCUUGCGGCAAUUUGGCCACCGAUACGUUGCUCUCGAAACUGGCCGAAAAUGGUUUCUCAGUGGAUGCCUGCGAGGUCUACGAGACGCGCUGUCAUCCCGAAUUGGGUGAGAAUGUGGAGCGAGCCCUGGAGAUCUAUGGUGAAUCGAUAGAAUUCCUUGCCUUCUUCUCGCCCUCGGGUGUCAAUUGUGCCCAGCAAUACUUUGGCAGUCGCCAGUUGUCGAUGGACAAAUGGAAACUGGUGGCCAUUGGACCGAGCACUAGGCGUGCUCUCGAAUCGCAGGGUCUGAAGGUCUAUUGCACCGCCGAGCGGCCAACGGUGGAGCAUCUUGUGAAGGUGCUGCUUAAUCCGCAAGACAGUCGGGAGCGAUUGCUGAAGGAACGCGAACGGAUGGCAGCCCUCGAGAAUAAUAAUUAAGAUGCGUAAUCCUAAGAUUCGUUAAGUCCCAGGGAUCGUUCAUAAUCCAAAAGCCAAUUAAAUUCACAAAUUAAUCCUCACAUAUAUAUAUAUAUAGAUAUAUAUAUUUGUAUGUAUCUAUCAAAGGAGCUGUUAAGGCCUAGCGAAUCACUUUAUCAGUUACUGUCCAAGACAUUAGAACUCUAAGCUUAUGAAAACCAAAAUUCUCUUUUUUAGCUUAUGAUUUUCCACCCAAGAGAUUUCUAGAAACGCAGUUUAUUAUUAUGGUUUUUGUUUUCUAUCCAUAAGUCCUCAAAUAAGAUAUGUAAGCCUAAGAUUUUUGAUCAAAAGAUUGUUCUAUCUAAAAUAUAAAGAAAUUUGUUAUCUUGUCUUUAUAAUUUCAAAUUCUUAGCUUAAUCCUUCUAAGAUGAAAGCUAGCAUGUAUAUUGGAAUCCCCCGGAUUCAAAAAUCAAAGAAUCAGUAAUAAGGUUUGUCUUUUUUUUUUAUUAUUGACCUCCGAACGAGUACAAAAUUAGCGGGCAUGAAAUGCCGAUGUCUCUACUUUCUGUUUACUAUUGGAUUAAGCUGAAUAAAUUGUUUCUUUUCUAAAUUUA